AAGAAUAUAAUAUUAUUUAGUAUGUUUUAUCAUAGAUAUUUCAGCAAUUAUUUGUGUGAUUAACAGUUUGCGUAACAUACUAAUGUUUAAGGAAUAUCCUAACAAAUAUGUUAAAAUUAUUGGGUGCCUUUUUCUUUAUUUUCAUAUGUUGUGAAGUUUGUCAAGCAUGGAAUCAGCGCGCUUGCUUUGUGAAUCGUCUUGGUUACAUUGAAAAGGUUUUGCAGGAAACAAUGUAUGAAGUUGAAAAGAAUGUGAAGUUUUGCAAUUUGAGGGUGAACGAUUUUAAUUACACGUUAAACGAUCGUAUGUACUCCUUCCACGUGUCAGGACUGGCCCAAUUCAAGAACAGUUUUCUCAUAUCCAUAGAGAGAAUGGACGUUAAUGCCAUCUCCUCUGUAGUUGGAAGGAGGCAUGUAGCAGCAACCAAUGUGACAGAAUAUGAAGCUCUGGUCCGAGCUACAAUUAACUUACGAGUGCCUAGAGUUGGUUUUGAUGUUAUAAUUGACGUGGAGGGUACAGGCCCACAGCACUAUACUGCAGUAUUUCAAUUUGACUCGAUCACUAUUCCGAUUUUGAUCCUUAAGAAGAUAAAUACAAACGAAACGGUAGUGAGUACGACAUCAGCUGGUCAGUCAUCGCGUCACCAACGAAUGCAGUUCGUCCCAAACACAAACGUAUCUCAAGUGCUAUCGAGACACAUUCACGGUUACCACAUGGACGAUAGCUUCACGACAUGGGCUCGAGACAUCAUCGUGCCAAUUAUGCAGAAACUUAUUGAUACAAAGCUUGGUUUCCCGGAAAUACGUUUUGAUGGCUGUUAAUAACAAUAAUAUAAAUAAAAAAAGAGCGUGUGUGCCGAGCACACGUAUAAUAUAGUGAAACUUCAUUGGCAAGAUUCAAAGAUACCAAAUUCGUCGCUUUGCUCCAUGACGUGACGGUAUUGCCAUGACGAGACCUUGAAAAUUUACUCUCAACGUGCCUAAAGAAGUUUCACUUUCAAAAUAAAAGAAUAACGCAAUGAAAAUAUUUCUUUGUUUAUGGGACUGCGAAUACUCAAAAGAAUAACAUCCCUAUAUGGUUCGAGGAAAGAGUUUAUUUAUAUUUUACACUCAUUGUACACUCAGUGUGUGUAGUAGGUAUUUGACGAUACUAAUUUGGAUUAUUUGUAUUUAUGUUAUGGUAAAAUAUUUAUUGAAAGCAACGAAUAUGAAUUAUUUUACAUUUGAUGCAUUACAACCAUAAUCUAUGAAUCCUUUUUUUAUUAAUUUUAAAAUACCUAUGGCAAUCAUUAUCUUUGGUAUGUAUAAACGAUUACAAUUAUUAUUUUACAUAUUUUAUUGAUCUUAAUGUUAUAAUUUCCUAGAAAGACAUAUUAAAUGGAAAACCCUACAAUUA